GUGAAAAAUCUGAUGCAUAAUUUCCAAGACGCAAAGAAUACGUCGCGAGUGAAGUGCAGAAGUUUUCGGGAGAAAAUUCGCUUGAAAUGUUGUGAAAUUCGGGCCAAUUUCGGCGUCAAAGUGCACCGCAAUCCAAAAUUAACCCGUAACCGUGGCGAUUGUUAGUGAUAAUCUCAGUUUUGAGCGCUAUUUCCUCCAGAAUAUGCAACAAAUAGACGAUCCCCCGUAUUUGACUGUAGGCACGGAGGUAAGCGCCAAAUACAAGGGGGCUUUUUGCGAGGCUAAAGUGCGCAAGGUGGUUCGCAACAUCAAGUGCAAAGUCGCGUACAAACAAACCGGACUCGGUUCUGGCAUUGUGUCGGACGAUCAAAUCAAGGGUGCGUUGCGCGUCGGUGCCACGGUCGAAGUGAAACACCCGGAACGGAAAGAAUACGUGGAAGCAACGUUGACCAAGAUUCAGGACGGUUCGCAAUAUACGGUAGUGUUUGACGAUGGAGACAUUACGACACUCCGCCGGAGUGCACUGUGUUUAAAAAGUGGAAGACAUUUUAAUGAAAGUGAAACACUGGAUCAGCUGCCGUUGACACAUCCGGAGCAUUUUGGAAAUCCGGUAAUCGGUGGACGCCGCGGCAGAAGGUCUCGCCAUCUUCUCCCCGACGACAGUUCGGAUGACGAUGACGAACCGGUUACCAACGCGCGUGCAAAUACCAGUGACAAGGAAGAAAACAUUGGCAAGGUGGUCUGCGUGGAAACCACCGACAACAAGAAGAAAAAUCCGAAGGAGAACUGGUUCCCGGGGUUGGUGGUGGCCCCGACCGCACAGGACACAGUUCGGAUACGCGUCAAGGAUGAAUAUUUGGUUCGUUCGUUCAAGGACGGCCGCUACUACACUGUACCGAAAAAAGAGGCAACCGAGUUCACACGCGAUUGCACCAACAAGUCGGAAGCAUCUGCCGUUUCCGCUGCUCUAGAUUUCAUGGAUAACGAUGCAUUACCGCCCCACUGGGACCGGGAGGUACUGUUCGGGAUGGCCGGCAGUUGUAGCGAUUCGGAACAGGAGGUCGAAACCGACAGUUCCGAUGACGAGCCAACGGAAGAAAAAGAUCAUUUUGUAGCUCAAUUGUACAAAUUUAUGGACGAUCGUGGGACACCGCUCAACAAGGUACCUUCAAUUAUUAACCGUGACGUUAAUCUGUACCGCCUGUUCCGUGCGGUGCAAAAGUUAAACGGUUACAAUCGUGUCACCAGUCAAAAUCAGUGGAAGCAAAUUGCACUGAGACUUGGAUUUUCUCCGGCUACGCCUAGCAUCACCAAUCUAGUUAAGCAAGCGUAUAAAAAGUUCUUGUUUUCCUUUGAAGAGUUCAACAGAAAACUGGGCUGCACAAUGGUCCCCCAUCCUCGAACUAAUCGAACCAAGGGGCGUAGUUUGGUACGGGCAAGUUCGGUUCAGUCACCGAAGAUAGCAGAAAAAGAGAAAGCACCUACUGUGAAAGUUGCCACAGCUGUGUCCGUUGCCGCCACGGCCGCCGCCGCCACCGCUGCUGCUGCAGAUACUGCAUCAAGUUCAGCAGUAGAAGAAUCCGGCAAUACUAGCGAGUCGAGUACGACGGAAUCAAAACCCGUCACCAAACGGAAGCUUUCAAGUGCUAGCGGAAAAGUUAAAGCAUUGGUGGAUAAAUUUGAAGAAAAGGAAAAAAAUAAAGAACUAACGGUGACGGUCAAAAAGGAGGAAACCAUUCCGGCAGCUAAAAAGGAUAAACCUUCGGCAAAGGCAGCUGUUCCUCCGAAAGCUGUUGAGAAAAUUGAAACGGGCGAAAAACGUGGCCGAAAGAGAAAAGAAACCGACUCAACGGAUUCGAAAAAAGAUGACAAAGACAGUGGCAAGGGAUCGUCGAGUGGUGCUUCCACAUCUUCAACCAGUGGAGACAGCAAAGUUAGUGUUGCAACGGAUGCCAAGACCGGUGCCGGAGAUUUCCCUAUUGAAGUCGGUGACAAGCUGAAAGUGUUUUACGAUGAACAGAAAGUAACCUACGAAGCAAAAGUCAUCGAAAUCGCAAAACAAGAGGGAAGACCCAUCUAUUUGGUUCAUUACACGGGUUGGAAUACCAGGUAUGACGAAUGGGUACGAAAGGAACGUAUUGCGGAGAACCUUACCAAUAGUAAGACAAAGAAAGGUAAAUCCGAUCGAAGCAGUAGUGGCAGCAAAAAUCCAGCAACUCCCCAUGGUCCACCAUCAUCAUCAGCAACGACAACUCCGUCGAGUAGCGGUACUUCCAGUACCCCAAUCACUACGCCAACGACAACGCCGAAAGGUUCCAAACGUAUCCGUGGCAACUCGAAAGGAGAUAUCAGUGGUAACACCUUGACCUCUCCGCGAUCGACCACCCCGAACACAUCGUCACAUCGUAACAAAUCUCCCGGGUCGGCUUCCGGAGGUCCCAACCGUCGUCCUAUAACGCGCGGUGGUCAUCCGGCUGUUGCAUCUUCCAAGCGACGAACAUCAAACAACACUGAUAUCUCGUCGCUUUCCAUCGCCACCGACGAUAACACCAGCGACACCGAUUCGGAUGAGCCCAUCAAGAAAUGUCCGGCCAACACCAACAGCAACAGCUCUUCGUCGACCGCUUCGUCCAACUCUUCCUCGUCGUCCUCUUCGUCCAGCAGCAGCAUUAGCUCGAGCAGCACGAAAGUAAGUACAACGGCCGAAGCGGGCUCGUCCUCGGACGCGGCGGCCAUCUCGGACGAGUUUAGCAACGGAGCUUCCAAGGGUCGCGAUUACGAUCUGAAUCAAAUCCGCUCGGAGCUGAAAGGCUUCAAGGAGCUAAAAUCGCCAACGUCACCGGCUUCGGAUAGUACGACGACGGCAACCACCGAUGCGGCUGGACCACCGGCUCAAACUGGUACGCCCAGUAAACCGGACGAGAAGGCGACAGUCACCGACAAUCACAAUCCGGAUGAGACUGUUGCAGUUCUGGGAACAAAAGCCGAUCCGAACACGGCGGCAACCGACCGCACACCGACGAAAGACGAACACGAUGAUCCGAUGGAAGAGGAACAGGAGAAAUCAUCCGAAACGGAAACUCUCAGCGAAGAGGAUUCUUCGCAAAGCUCCAACAAGGCUUUCUCCAGUUCACCCAUCACCGCGAUGGUCGAUUCGGACACCGGUCCGGAAACUCCGAUUCCACCACCAACGGUUUCAACUCCGACUCCCACCGUAAUUACGACUGUGGCAACGACAACCAUUCCCAGUAGUCUGACCACGUCCGGGAGUCUGAACAUUAAAGGUCACAAAAGUUCAAGCGAUAAUGCUCAGGCAAAAAUCGUUGAAAAAGUUGAAGAGAAAUCAAUGGAAAAAAUUGGUAAAUCCUUAGACGAGAAACAAACCGGAACGUCCAUCAGUGGUGUGUUGAAUAAACCACCGUUGAAAACCUACGGAACGGCAGCAGCCAUCCUAGCGAAUGCUGAGAAUAAUGCUGUGAAAUUUGCAUUUAGUACCAUCAUCAGGGAAGUGGAAGGAGAAAAACUUCCACCGAUAGCUGCUGAUUGUAGUGGUGGUGCGAGUACUUCAGCCGCGGGUACUCCCAAGAAAGAUGUACUCGGUCCGAGCACUUCUAAGCCACACCAUUUGCUAGCUGAAAUCAAACCUGUCGCGACGAUGCUACACACGACGACUACUGCACGAAGCAAUCCUUCGACGCUUGCCGUUUCUGCUGCGAUACCUGUGGUUGUGCCGACCCCGAUAGCAUCGGUCACAGUUUCCAAUCCCACCGUUCAGCCAGCAUCCGUACCACCACCCAAGAAUGCAAAAUUGAUCAACGUUCAGGACGAGAUUGUAGCUACGGUCAUUAACAAAUCGGCCAUUGCGGCAGCUACUACGGCAAUUGCGGUGUCCGCGGCAGUUUCAUCUACCAUUCCUGGUACCGGAAACAUUUCGCUAGCGGCACCUACGUCCACGACGACACUGGCAGCACUACGCGCCGAGAAGAAACUCACGGGGGACAAGAAAUUGGAGAAAAUUAAUCCCACCGGUAAGAUGAUGGUGGCCGUAAGUCCAGCCGAAAAGAAACUUUCCUCAUCCACGUUGACACCGGCUCAGAACAAACUGCUAAGCAAGGAAGCCCUGUCCAUCAAGUCAAUUUUUGAAUCCAGUGCAACCCGAAUGGAUGAGAAGAAUUCCGACGUGUACGAGUUCAAAGAUGUCGAGUUUGAACUGGAAGCCACAACUACCGGCACAACACCCAGAAAGCACGUAUCCGAGGUACCGCAGGCCGAAGUGGUCAGCUCACUUACCACUUCUUUACUGACAGAGGAAAAAAAGAUUGGAAAGAAAAACCCGGCGAGGAAACCGGGCGAUCCGUUGGGUCUUGGGGAUAAGAAAACUAAAAAGAUUUCACCCAUCAAGGAAACUGAUAAACUUAAACUGGUUCGCCGGGAAAAGGAAAGAGAUUUGGAAAAGGAGAAGCUUCUGCUCAGCGAACUAGAGGGAGCCGCCGCCACGUUCAGCAGUACUUUGGCUACCCCGGAAAAGUCAUCACCGUAUUUCACUGGGUUUUCAUCCGCCAGUAAGCCACCCGAACACCGACAACAGUCACCGAGCAUCGCCGUUGUCUCGCAUCGAGAAGAAAAGAUCACCGUUUCGAUUGCGGAAGAUCAAAAACCUGAACCAUCGAAACUGGCCGCUGUUACAAAAGGCAUCUUCACACCGGUGAUGUCUCCCACGGGUCCGGAACCAUCGGGCAACGAGCUCAUCAUCAAGAGCCCAACAAAGUUGGAAGAAAAAAUGAAGGAAGAACCUACGCUCGAAAAUUGUAAAAAAUAUUUCAACGAUAUGAACUUUGAGUUUGAUGCUCCCAAAAUCGAGAAACCACCUUCCAUUGCGGAUAAGGUAUUGAAAGCACUCGGUCAGCAGCAGCAGCAACAACAGCAGACUCACACCACAAGUAGUGUGAAAUCGGAAUUCCCGAAAUACAUCAUUCCGACUGCACACCACAAACUUUCACCGAUGGUUUCACUUGAAACCGGAAUCAGCUGUGUUCCGAUAGCUGGUGCUCCUCUGAAGGUAGAAAUCUCCAGUUUCACCGCGGUUAAUCCUAUCAAAACCAUUCACACCGAACCGCCCAAAAUCGAAAUUAACAACAUCAUACUGAAGAAAGAAUCCGAUGCGACGAGGCCUCUGCCGAUGGUUACAAAAACAUUACCAAUUUUCCCCAUCAAACCGGAGAUCUUACCUCCCACGACCUGUACCAAUAGUCAGGAUCUAACCGAAUCGAUUAAAAAACUGGAAACCUCGAACCUGGUUCAAGCGGAUUCGUCCCAUUUCACGCAUCACGACGAGGAUAGCACGGACAGCAAUGAUUCCGAGCAUCGUUUGGUAAUCGAAGACCCGGAGGCUCUCGAUCCGGUCAAUCACAACCAACAAACCGAUUUCGAAAAGCUCAUCAAAGUAGAAGUGGAAGAGAAGACACAUCUCACCCAAACGGAACUUCACACGGCUGCAUCUGCUGCGGCAGUUGCUGCCGUUGCCUGCAAGGAGCGACUAGUUUUCAAGACCGAAUCGCAUGAAGUCAAAGAUGAAUCGUCGUCCGCCUUCGCGUUGGCCCAUCCCGAUGUCAAGAAAGGUAAACAGCCGAGUAUUUUGGAAACCAUCAUACAAAGCGAAUUGAAUACGGUCGUCAACCGCGGUUUGAUUUCGCACGGCUAUCUGAAUCUGAAAGACCAACAGGAUUCCUUCGCACAGAAUGAACUGGAACGGUUGCGCCGCGAAGAACAGCUCCAACAGAUGCAACAGCAAUCCCAUGGUACCGGUUUAUCGAUAGCUACCGACCCGGCAGACAAACUUCAACAGCAGCAAAAACACAGCAACGAAUCUCUAUCGAUGCUACUCUGUGAGGAGACUAUUCCCUGCUCACCGGCUCCGGUUUGUGGUGUUUCGUCGGCAUCCGCACUCAAGGAUUCUAUCAAAGUGUACGUAGAAACGGGCACUUCAUUUCUACAGCCACAGAACAUUGCCUCCGAUCUCAAACCGGUCCCGAUGGAUUUAGAACCGAGCACGGAUGCGGUUGUAAUUGGUGUUGGUAGAAAACCAGCUACCGAAACAACCGAUACUCCAAACAGUUCCCCCAGAGAUUCCAUCAGUCAGGACGAGAAUCAAGAAACGGAAACUUCACCUACCAAAAAGCGAAGACAGCGGAAAGCUAGUGAGGAACCUACCAACAAGCGCAGAAGAACCGGAACGGGUAUGACCUCGAGUAGUGGCUACAGUUCCAGGGGAAAUCAUCGGAACAUGGGUAGUAACGCUACCGACAGCGAGGAUAACUCGGAUUCGAUGGCAUUCCAGCGAGGUGGUUCAAUCGGUGCACAGUCUUCCGGUGCGACCGGUUCUUCAACGGCAUCACCCAGCGGCAAAUCGGGUCGACCCUGUCAGUACAACUUCCUCGUUAACUUGGAUCCCGCUCUGAACGUCGCCCAACGGAUAGCCAUUUUGAAGAAGAAAAUUCAAGAAUUGCGCAAAACGUACAAUGCAAUCAAGGCCGAACUGGCAAGCAUCGAUCGUCGACGGAAGAAGCUACGGCGGCGGGAACGGGAAAACAAAAAACAAGCCAAGAUGGUGGCCUGUGGCAGUACUAGCUAAGUUGCCGGUCACUUGCAAUUUCACAUUCAACGUUUACUUUUGUUUGCAAUUAAGGUCAGAUUUUAUCGUAUCGUAGCUAGAGGUCAAUCUUCGGGAAGCAAGUUACUGCACCAUCACGAGACCCUAGAGUGAUUAGUCUGUAAGGUAGUAUUUUUCUCUUAACCAACUGCUAAAAUACCUUCAAGGGUUUCUGAUCGGUUGUCUGGUUUGUACAAUAUGUUAAAAUUAAGUUAAUGAAUUGUGUGUCGUUCCGUAGUUUGCAACUCAAUUGGAAACAGAACAGAAGUGCAAAUAUCGGCUAAAAUAUAUCAUAUUUCACCCAGACUCCAGUUGCUCUAGCUAUUAUUUAUAGACAGAUGAUUUAUUACGACAGAAUUAAUAUUUUAAAUUGAGUUUUGAGAAUUUAAUUCUAAACUGUAAAAUGCAGCUCUACGGUGUUGAAUAAUAUAACUUCCUUACUCGUAGUAAAAUACAUACGUAGCAACAGGCCAACUACCGUUUUUAUUUUUGUCAGGAUAUUUAAAUUUCGCAUAAAUUGGGAUUUAAAAUGAAACAUUGAAUUAGUAUUAAACUUGAAUCUUGAAUAAAUAGUAAAACACAUCAGUUAAAA